AUGCCUACAAUCCGCUCGAAUCUCAGCAUCCCUCUGACCCAUCUGAAUCGAAUCGACGAUGUCCGUAUGGAGACGGACGACGUCGAGAAGAGAAGUGCGACAGCGUUCCGUCCACUAUGCGUGAAAUGUGGUGUUUUUGGAGCACAAGAUGGAUCAGGAUAUGCCGAAUUUGGAAACACUAGAGUCUUGGCACAAAUUACGGGUCCCGAAGGAGACGGCAAAUGGGAAGAGGCGCAUGCAAAAGUGACGAUUACACUGAAAGGAGUAGAAAACGAGACGAAAGUCGCCGAGUUGCGUGCUGACUUGACAUCUUCUCUGUCUGCAGUCAUUUUCAUCAACAAAUAUCCUGGAAAAGUGAUUGAUAUCGAAGUGACGGUUCUCUCGGACGAUGGAGGUGUUCUGUCAACAGCUAUCAUCGCUGUCACUCUCGGUUUGGCUCAUUCUGGAAUAGAACAUAUGGGACUGACAGCUAGCGCUCAUGUGGCAUUAAGAUCAAACGGCGAUUAUAUCACCGACCCAAGCACAUCUGAAGCAGAGGACGCUAUCGGCGGAGUGACUUUCGCGUUCGUCCCAAAUCUCGGGCAAACAACAUGUGUAAAUCUAUACGGACGGAUUCCUCUGAAAGCCACGUCACCACUUUUGGAAUUCGCGAGACAACGAGCGAUUGCACUGGUUCCGACGAUUCACAAAGCGGUGGUGAACAGUGUAAAGGAGAGAAAAUAA